UGGGCUGAGGCUCGAUUGGUGUGUGUGUGUGAUACCAUCACCCGUGUGGGGCGGUGGCGUGCGAUGUGUACUCGCCCGAGUCUUGUAGUUCAGCCGCGUGCUGCUGUCAGGGAAAUAGUGUCUUGUAACGUCCUCGGGGUUUCACUUUUGGAGUUAACAGAAACGUCCACUCUAGAGUCUCACAGUCUCACUAAUUACGGACCGGACCGAUAAAGUUUCAAUUCUCCGGGAUAUUUUUUUUGAGAAUUUCAAGUUUCAACAUUUCUCCCUUGACAUUGGUGGCUGCGUCACCAGAAGAUGUGAGGAGGGGCUCUCCUCGAUCAGAAGAGUCUAUAUGGCGGGUGGCGAUCCCCAGAAUCACUGCAGCGACUCAUUUGCUGUGUGUCAAGGAGCAGCUUUCGAUGACGUCAUCGCCAGUCUAAAAGGUUGGAAAACACUCGAUGCGGCUCCUGUCUGUUUGCUCUGAGGCAAGCCAUCAAAAAGGAAAUUUCUCGAGCUUCUUGGGUACAAUGAUCAGAUGAAGGACGCUAAUUUGCUAGAAGUACGAUAUGUAAAUUCAAACCGGAGUACACUUUUUUCUAAUUAAGUGAAGUCAAACUGGAAUGACCUUUUUUUAAAUUAAAAAAAAAAGAAAGAGUAAAUUCAAACUGGCAUAUGUCUUUGACUCCUCGUCACUGAAACUCCUCACUGAGGUUUGUCAACAUAAUCCUCACUCUUAGACUUUCUGGAUUACUCCACGAUUAACCUGCUGAACUCGGGACACAUCUCGUAGAUUUUUCAGUUCGUUCAACUGCAUAUCCGGACCAGCUUACUGGUUGACACUUCUGUCAAACUCUGCGACUUGAACGACUUCCGGGGCGAAGAGCAUCCAGCGUGAAUGAGAUCACUUCCGGUUCAGCCAUGCAUGUCCACUUCGAGCAGACCACCUGCACUCGGACAGACUCUAACUUCUUGUCCCUGUCUUGGAUGGGCAAAGUGCCGGAGGACCUGCCCGAGGAGGGCGGAGGCUGGAAGCUGAACCGCGCCCAGUACUACGUGGAAGGCUGGCUGGCCAGCGGCAACGCCCGUGGCGUGGUUGGGGUGACAUUCAGCACCAGCCACUGCCACAAGUACGACGCCCCUCCGAGGUCCAACUUCAACCUGAGAGGACAUCGUAGCGAGGUGGUCUUAGUACGCUGGAACGAACCUUACCAAAAGCUAGCCACCUGCGACUCCAGGGGCGUCAUCUUUGUGUGGAUCAAGCACGAAGGUCGCUGGUCGAUCGAGUUGAUUAAUGACAGGAACAGCCAGGUGACUGAUUUUGCUUGGUCCCAUGACGGACGCAUGGCUCUCAUCUGCUACAGGGAUGGUUUCAUUCUGGUCGGCAGUGUCGCUGGGCAGCGCUAUUGGUCAUCCAUGCUCAACCUGGACAACACCAGCAUCACUUGUGGAGUCUGGUCACCGGAUGACCAACAGGUGAUGUUUGGGACACUGGAUGGUCAGAUUAUUGUCAUGAGCUCUACCGGUGCUGUGGUCACUCAGGUGACAGUCCAUGAAGGCUUUGAGAUCUCCAGCAUGGCCUGGAGCUGUGAAAGAUUUAAUAUGGAGGAGGCAGAAACAGGCAGAGAGACGACAGAUAAAGGUUCAGAAUCCUCCAGCAAGUCUCACGUGCUGGCUGUGUGCUUCAAGUACGGAGACAUUUUUCUGAUGUCUGGCUAUGACGACGUCUGCCCUGUCAUGAUCUACACAACCCUGACAGGCAUAAAAAUUGAUUGGUCAAACUGUGGAGAGUAUUUAGCUGUGGGUGGUUUUGUGCGUCUGCCAAACCUCCAGUGUCGUAAUGAAGUUCAUUUUUAUUCCAAAGAUGGCAGUCUCAUUCACUGGGUGACUAUCCCAUCUCAGGGUAAGCCACUGACAGCCAUGACCUGGGGUCAUAAUGACAAACGACUUUUCCUAGCUGCCGGCUGUCACAUGUAUGUGGCCUGGGUCAGUAAGCAGGUGGCUCCACUGCAGUUCUUGUGCCAACGGGUGGUCCAUCAGACAGUCAGAACAGAAAGAGCUGUAGAGAGGCUGCCCAUUCCACAGCGGUUAAAAUGUGGAGUCAAAGCUUUGUUUUCGCCAACUAUUAAAAGUUACAUUCCUGAUCCAUUACGUCUGAGAGAGUUUGUCUGCUCGCCACCUCCUGGAGGUGAGAGGCUGUUCUGCACCAUGAUACGUCAUGGGGAGGAGACGUCUGGAGGUCACUAUACCCUCUACCUGGAGUAUCUGGGAGGUCUGGUGCCGCUCCUGAAGGGCAAGAGGGCCAGCAAGCUGAGACCAGACUUUAUUAUCUACGAUCCAAAAAUUAAAUCUUCAGGCAAAUCUGAAGUAGCCCAACCAGGGGGAAUUGAAAGUGACACCAGCUCAGAGUCCGAGGCCGAGGUAUACACAGAUGGGUGUGGCUCACCCCGCAUGCAGAGGAGACGGCGGAACAAAGUUUUCCGCGCCGAGAGAGUCAACAGAAGUAUCACAUUUAGAACGUUGGAUGAGCUGAUGUACGACGAUAACUUGCCAGAGACCAACAGGCUAGUUGAAGUGACUUCCAAUAUCUGGGGGACCAAGUUUCAGAUCACUGGCCUGGCCUCGUCUCUACCAGCGUGUCUGGGUCAGGUGGUGUACAAGACCUCUCUGCUGCACCUGCAGCCCCGCCAGAUGACCAUCACCAUCUCAGAGAUCACUCCAACCAGACAAACAUUGUCAAGGGACCCAAACUUCACACCUGCUCCUGCAAGUGAUGACGAGGAAAGUUUUUGGGCAAGUGAAGGGGACCUGGCGGCAGAGAAGAAAACAGUAGAGGUCAGCGUACAUGAUGCCCCGUCUGUCCUCACUGAUGACAUCAUCAGGGCUGAUGGAACAUUGCUAGAGAAUGGGCUUAGGUUGACUGGAAUAGACACAUCACUUAUUGAGAACAGCCAGCCUUUGAACUUUGAACUCACCAACAUGACGGGCAAAUUGGUGAGUUCAGGGACUGUGAGGUCAAGGUCACUGUCUCCAGUCAGAAACUCAUUAACUCAGACAGGACCUCUGACCAAACCAGAUUUGGUUAGUGGUGAUGUCCAGGUGCAGGGGGCUCGGCCCAAGGCCAGCAUACAUAAACGUAACAGCAGUAGCCACAACCACGGCAACCUUACCAACGCUACUGGCGGUGGUGGUUGCAGCAGCAUUCCAAGCCCCAAGUCAACCAGCAGCAACAACAAACACGGGGUGGUCUCCAAUUGUCAUUCCAGCAGCCACACCGCCACCAGCGUCCACUGCACACAGAACGGCAACUCAGCUCAGCACUGCCCACCUGGCACCAACAAAGUCGAGGCCCUGCCCUCAGGCCUGACAAAUGUGUCCUGCAACAGGAAACACGAAAACCUGGCAGGCUUUAAAAAGUUUGACCUGGGAACUCCUUCGGGAGGGGGAGCAGGGUUGGUGGGCGUGAUGAAAGCUGAGGAGUUGACUCUGGGGCAAAUAUCCAAGGACCAGCAUACGACAGGCAGCAGUUAUGUGACUGUAGACUCUGGUGCACUCGUUGACGGAGUGGGGUCACGUUGGGCCGAUCCUGCAGCCCACGCAGUCAAGCUUCUUGAGGACAGUGCCACAGAAGGAUCAGAUUUACCGUUUGAAAACAACUUGGUAGCUGACUGCAGUCCUACUGCCCCACACUGUCGUGACCUGCAUAGAAGGCUAUAUUUAGCUCAAUACAACAUCGUGGACACUGGGGCUCCCAUCUCGCCCAGUGGCUGUCCUGCUUGUCUUCCUGUCCAGUUUCUCUCUGAUGCCGCAACAGACUGCACAUUAACGUCCACCAUGGACAGUGACCAGCACCUUCGUCUAGUUGCUGAACAUAAUCUCAAAAACUCUUCAAGGAUUACUGAAACAAAUGACUGCCAGACAUUCCAAAAAGAGGCAGCCGGCUCUGACAAGUGUUCUUCCUUGUUCACACCCACUUCAGUGCCAAUGUUGUCAUCCUCAUCGUCAGUAUUAGCCUCCGGCUCCAAACUGAUUGGACGUUACCCAACUAACAUCAGCUCAUUUACCCACUGCCUACAAUGUGCAGCUUCUGUCGCAUCCAAGCGGAAUUCCCUCAAGCAAUCAUCCAAUCAUUCCAGUGAUGUCGCAGCACCAUUACCUCCAUCAGAACUUGCUCAAAACAUCUGUGCCAACUGUCUGCACAACCAAAGGACUUUGUCCAACGGACAGCAUCUUCCAAGCAAUAACGACGGCACCCAUUACCACCCAGACACGCAGCAAUGUUCCGCCAUGACAAAAGAUCUAACUUCCUUUGACAAACUGACCCUGAUUCUCUCGGAAGAGCCAUCAGCUCAGAGCUCUUCCCACAAUUUCAGGUCUAUGCCUGGAUUCGUCAUGAAGAACCCUGAUCACGUGACCAUCAACACUGAACAGAGUUCCCCGUCCCCUGAACAAACUCCAGGGCACUCAGAAAAUCUGCUUGGGUCUUAUCCUCUGAACUCUGACUAUCUGGGGAAUCAUAUUGCAGACUUGGAAAUCCAGCAAACUAGUGCCUCACUACCGUCCUCGCCGAUACGUUUUGGUGUUAAGCCUGACCCAGCAGCCCAGAACAUCCACGAGGAGAUUCUCAAGGGACGUUGCAAACACUUGAGCCCCUUGCUUGGGAGAAAAGGUCGAGACAGUCCCAUCUCGUCUCAAGAUGUUUACCUUGGGCUAGAGGAUGUCAGACUCUCUCAUCAGUAUCAAAGUCUUGAGGCUUUCCAAAAGGCUCAGUUGAAACAGAAGAUGCGGAGACGUCUGCACAGCACAUCUGGCAGGCUGGAGCAGGCCCGGACAUUCACCAUGCACAACAAGGCCCCACUGUGGAAUGAAACAAGUCAGGUGUACCAGUUGGACUUCGGGGGCAGGGUGACACAAGAGUCUGCCAAAAACUUUCAGAUAGAACUGAGAGGGAAACAGGUUAUGCAAUUUGGUCGCAUCGACAACAAUGCCUACACAUUAGAUUUCCAAUAUCCAUUUACUGCUGUCCAAGCCUUCGCAGUAGCUCUAGCAAAUGUAACUCAGAGAUUAAAGUGAACCUGGUGGAGACAGUCCUAACAUACUUGAGCAUUAGACUCAACAGUCAACUGUCUUAAAUCCAAAUGGAUCACAAUGCAACCAGUGGAAACUUGAAAUAGUUGUAGCAGAUUCCUGGCGCCCUGUGUGUUUACUUAAUGUCAUUUGGCUGUAGUUCUUCUAGUCACAAUAUCUUUAUCAUAUUUUCAUUAAUUUUGUUUUUUUCAUAGUUUUAUGAUUUAUCUUCGAUGAAGAAGCUAGUCACUUGACGGUCCUGAAUAGAUUUGUUUAUUGAGAUGCAACUAUUUAUUCCAUGCAUGAAUCUCUAUUGACCCUUCCACUACAAAUGUUCAAGGCACUCUGAAGAAUAGAAAAUCUAUUUAGAGCAACUUAUUGCAUGUCUGUGGAGAGUUUGUAAUGAUGUGCAUAUUUUGCCUUAGUUGAAGUAGCCCAAUACCAUAGCUCAUACAGUAUGUAAAUGUAUUGACAUGUUUUGCUCCUGUAAAGUCAGACACCAUUCGUUCUACUUUGUAGGCCUAGGCACGGAGGCUAGUCAUUUUUUCCUUUAUGAGUAUCUUUUGUAAAGAUUUUUUUAUGAACAAGUAUUUUUGCCUUUUACAAGUAUAUCAGUAUUUGUGGCAACAGUAGCCAUCUUGGGAAACAAACCUUUUGUUCACCUUUUGUUUUUUUGUUUACUGUGACAGUAGCCUAUGCUGCAUUUACUUAUGAGUCAUUCCAUAUGUACUGCCAAAUUGUAUUUUUUUGUUUUAAUUUGACAGUGUGCAUCUAGUCUUAGAUAACUGAGUUUAUCAUGAAGCUAAUACUCCAACCAAAAAAAUGCUAUUUGGCAUUUAUUUUAUUUUAUUUUUGCUUUGUUUUUGAUAUAUAUGAAAAAUAAAUAUUACAAGCUUAAAAUGAAUACUUUUUGGACAUAAGCUGGCCUUUGUCUCUGAAUAUUUUUUUUUUCAUUUCAAUGGAACAGAAAAAAAAAGAAAAGUUUCCUACAAUAAUAUGUUUUAGCAGUGUGUGUGUUUUUCUGUUUUUUGUUUUUGUUUUUUCAAUUUUGACUCUAGAAAAGUUUGACAAUUGAUUUGAAAUGAGCCUCAACCUUUCUUUCUUCGUCAUUGAUUUGCUCUAAUCCAAUAAAACAUCACAGUAUUGGGAUUGUGCCCCUGUUACAGAUAGGAAAACAAAUAAAGUAUUAGGUCAGAGUUGUCUAAUUCAGUGAUUCCCAAAAUACGGCCCGCGGGCAAGAUCCGGCUCGCGACGUGCUUCCAUACGGCCCGGCAAAAUGUCGGCACAAAAUAUAGAAAAUCCCCCCUCCUCCCCCCCCCCCCCCAACCCAAAUUACUAGCAAGGCAUUUAACAUUUGUGAGUUCAUGAAAUAGGACUAAAGAAUCUACAAGGAAAAGUGAACGGAUCUUCUCAUUUUUGUAGAACAUGAUACCAUUGCUAGCCAACAUGUUUGUUUUUGUUAAGAAAGUGUCUGUGUGGCUGUUUUUAAAAAACAAGAAUAACAAAAUAUAAACAAAAUUUACACCAUUUUUUUUUUGAAGUGUAAAGAGAAAAUAAAUUUAAAUAUCCCGAUAAUUCAAUGUAAGUACUAGAUCCUCGGGCUUGAAAUAAAAUAGUUUCAGGUCAAGUUUAUAAAGUUUUUGUAUCUUUUUUCCAUCAUGUGGCCCGUGACACUAGUUUUGGAAAUCAAAAUGGUCGGCAGAUUGGCCCACAGAUUGAAUUAGGUUGGGCAUCACUGGUCUAAUUUAUUUCUCAGUGAAAACUUCCAACAAUGAAUGCAGUGUAUGUCAUAGUACAUGUGAAUAUGAAAUAGUUGAGAUUGAAUGUUUCAACUGAAAAACUAUUCAGUUCCCCUUUCUGACCUUGUGGUCUAUGGAGCAGAUGAUGUAAAGGUCAUCUGUUUCUGUGUCCUACAGUUAAUGAGAAUGUCAUGUGGCCAGCACAACGACCAAUCACCUUUACUUUUCCCCAGCUAAUGUCAGGUACCCAUUAGCAUUGGGUAUACUCAGAGGCAAUCAAAGAUCCGGAAAUUAAAAAUCCCAGUCUUCACCAGGAUUUGAACUAGGGACCUCUCCUUUACUACUCAUCCUCGACUACUAUUCAGUAUAGUGUUCUCUUGUAUAUAGUCUAGCUAAUAAUGUUCUUUCCAACGCUGCAACUUAUAUGACAUUCUCUCUAUGGGGACUGAUGUUGCAUAUUUUCUUUACAUUUUAUUUUUCAGCAACUAGUUACGUUUGAAUGAUAUUGUUAGGCGCAAAGUCAAAGUUUUAGUCUUUGAACUGAUCUGACAAGCGAUUGAGUCUUAGAAUCAUUCGGUCAUGUGAUUGGCUCUAGACUUUGAAUUGAUCUAUCCAGUGAUUGUUUCUAGUUUUUUAAAUUUUGUCUAUGAAGUAAUUGAUUCCAGCUUAAGAAUGAUUUGGUGAUUGAUUCUAAACUACAAAGCAGUUUAGCUUAAAUAGGAGGAUUCAUUCUUCUAAGUUAGACUUUUAGGAAAUUGAAUAAACAUUUUUUUUUUGUUCUAUGGAUGGGUCAAUGAAAUUGCCCUGUAUCUGAGAUGAAUUGCUAAAUGUUUCAGAGGCUUUCAGUUUAGGCAAUUCUCCAUGCAGUAUGUCUUUAGUCUUUCAACAAAAAUUAAAUAGUUUUACAUAUUUGACCAUACUGUUGGCCUACAUUCUGGUCCUACAUUCUGGUCCUACAUUCAGGUCCCACAUUCUGGUCCUACGUUCAGGUCCUACGUUCUAGUCCUACAUAGAUGUUUUCUACAUUGCCUGUUCUUUAAGUAUUGAAAUCUUUAGUGUAUAAUUAAAAUACUUAGUAAUACAAUUAAAAAAAAAAAAAAUUUAUGUGUAGUUGUUAUGGGAAGUUUUCUAAGAAGAAUUAGAUUCUUUUUGUGUCAAUAAUCCAAAAUAUUUUAAAAUUCAGUUGUGUUUUCUUCAUUGAAUCCAGUUGAUAUUUUGUAUUUGUUUCGUGGAUUUAUUCUAUUUGUUGUUUUUAGGAAAUUCUUCUAUGUGCUUCUUAUUACAGUUUGGCCAAGCAAUUUUCUCUGAAAUUUUGUUUCCAUAAAAUUAUUAAACAAUUUUUAAACAUUCAA